AUGGCCGCAGGUCCAGAUGGUAUUUACGGCGAGGCACUCCAACACUUGGGACCUCGUGCCAAGGCAGAGAGUCUUGCCCUCUUCAACGAGAGCCUCCGUACAGGCGUUGUUCCAGUCUCUUGGAAAGUAGACAUCAUUGUACCACUCCUUAAACCAGGAAAGAAAGCCACCGACUUGGAUUCAUUCAGACCAGUUACUCCCACUAGUUGUCUGUCCAAAUUAAUGGAACGGAUCAUCGCAGCACGAAUUCGAGAUGUCAUUGAAACCAAACUGACCCCGCAACAAUCUGGAUUUAGACCUGGUCACUCGACGUUAGAUCAACUAUUACACCUAAGCUCAGCCCUCACAAGACCCACCCCUGAUUCGCGUACAGGUGCAGUGCUCGUAGACUACGCUAAAGCUUUCGAUACUGUAGACCAUGAUCGUAUAGUUAGUGCGAUGCGAGAAAUGGAACUCCCACCGCACAUCAUUCGAUGGUCGGCAUCUUUCUUGAAAGGACGCCAAGCCAAAGUAGGCGUCAACAGUAAAUCCUCUCUCCUCUAA